AUGGCAGCUGGAAGUACAAGUUUAAAAUCCCUGGAUCGAUACCUCUACACUGUUGGAGGUGAAGACCGAAUAGUACACCGGUUUGAUUUUAAUACAAUCAUUUAUGCAACAGAUAACUUCUCUGAAGCUAAUAGGAUUUUGCCGAGAUAUGGGGUCACCAUGUACAAAGGACGGCUACAAAAUGGACAGGAUAUAACAAUCACUCAAUAUUCAAAAGCCUUCACAUAUAAACAGUGUAUGAAUGAAGCAUCAAUACUUGUAAAGGUUGAACAUCAAAAUUUGAUGCAGUUGCUUGGAUAUUGCAUUCACGGAACAAAAGUGUACCUCAUCUAUGACUUUGCACUUAAUGCAACUCUGGCUGACAUGAUUUAUGAUCCCAUGUGUAAUCUUUUGGACUGGGAUAAACGAUACAAAAUACUCCUAGGUGUAGCCAGGGCACUUGCAGGGGCGGACCUAUUCCGCCACUGGGCACUUGUAUAUCUUCACAGGCAUGCUCCCAUUCGGAUCAUACAUCUUGAUGUACAACCCGCAAACAUUCUUAUAGAUGAAAGUUAUAACCCCAGGCUGUCAGGUUUUGAGGUAGCAGUGACAACCAGUGAGACAGAUUGCGUUUCUCUUGAUAAUGUCUUUGGGACUGUGGGAUACAUUGCACCUGAAUAUCAUAUGACAUUACGUUGCUCAACUAAGGCAGAUGUCUAUAGUUUUGGUAUGUUGGUUUUCGAAACUAUAACCGGGAAAAGCAUUUGGAAUUUAUCACCCCUUCGUCCUGUAGAAUAUGUCCACAAAAAUUGGUUGGAAGGGACAUUGUCAGAUAUAAUUGAUCCCCAAAUUGAUGUUGAUCCAGUUUCGAUGACAAAAUUCGCGGAGAUUGGGUUGUUGUGUGUUCAAAGAUUAGCAGCGGAUAGGCCAACAAUGGAGGAGGUUAUUGGCAUGUUGCUUGGCACCUCCCCUUUAACUCGCAAACUUGCACGUAUUAUCGUUAAAUGGCGUAAAAGCCCUAAAUGGCCAAUAUUAGGCAUUCCCGAGACAGACCUGGGGUCUACAUCUCUUUCCGGGAAGAAGAAGAAGAAGAAGAAGAAGAAGAAGAAGAAGAAAUAUCAAUCAAUUUGA